UAGACCAAAUUUUGCUACUCAUCGAGCUGAGUCGAUCGACUGACCUGCUGAUGCCGCUGACGACUGUGGAAAUUUGCAGAACUUUUAUUUCCUCCUCUUUUACAAGAACAUGCACCAGUGGGUCUCUUCAUCGUUUGGCGAUUUUGAGGAGCGGGGCACCACUAAGGGCAAAGGUCAAAGUUCAGGGAAGCAUGGUCCGACCAGUAAAGGUCAGGACAGGAGAAAGAGACCAAGGGUAGACGACAGGAAGGCAGGGAAGGCACAGAGCUGGUCGCAGAAGAAAAAGUUCCUAGAAGGACAGACAUGGGCUGAAAGACACGCACCUCAGUCUGUGGCUGAUUUAGCAGUUCACAAGAAGAAGAUCCAAGAGGUCCAGGAUUGGUUGACCUUUCACACCAAGCAGAGAGGACAGACAAAGCAACAUACAAAAGCCCCGUUGCUGCUAUUAACAGGACCAGCAGGAGCCGGCAAGACAGCUACCCUGACCGUCCUGUCAAAGGAGCUUGGUCUAGAGCUACAGGAAUGGUCUAAUCCAAUCACAGAAGCUUUCAAGACUGACCAAGAUACAGAUUAUAGAUCAGAUUUCUACACAAGGAAUGAGUCCCAGGUGAAACAGUUCCAGGACUUUCUGAAGCGAGCCAACAGGUACCCUGCCCUCAGUCUGGUAGGAGAGCAGGAGGAAAGAGCCAAGAAAGUGGUUUUGGUUGAAGACAUUCCAAAUGCGUUCUACCGUGAUCCGUCCAGCCUGCAUGCCGUCCUCACAAGAUUCAGCCUCACGGGACGCAGUCCUCUCGUAUUUAUAGUGAGUGAUAGUCAUGGUGGAAAGUCCAACGUCCUCUCUCUCUUCCCUUCUGAUGUCCAAGACAACUUGGCUGUCCAUAAUAUUAGUUUUAAUCCUGUUGCGCCAACCAGCAUGACCAAGACAAUGACCAGAAUAGCCACAGCAGAAGCAGCAAAGGCAAGGCAUAAAUUUUAUGUCCCUUCCAAGUCAACAAUAGAAGCACUUUCAGCAGCAAGUUCGGGUGAUAUCCGAGGUGCUAUAAAUGCCCUCCAGUUUUCAUGUCUCAAAGGCACUGACAGUCUCCAGAGGUUAUCACAAAAGUCAUCAUCGUCUUUACAAUCAUCCUGGUCAUCGACCCCCUCCUCGUCAUCCUCUUCAUCGUCCAUGGGUAGCAGUCAUUGGAAAGAUCGGAGGAAGCAUGCCAGGGGGAGUAAAGAUGAUGAAGAAGACAAAAGAUUGGCAGCUAUUGGAGGAAGGGAUACCUCGCUCUUUCUUUUCAGAGCACUUGGAAAGGUUCUUUAUUGUAAAAGAGAGCCGAAGACAGUCAGUGAUCCGGUAUUACCCCCUCAUCUUAAUCAUCAUGAGAGAGACAGGCUCAUCAUGAACCCUGAGGAACUUAUUGAAAGGACGCACAUGAGCAGUGAGAACUUUACACUCUACCUUCAUCAGAAUUACCUAGACUUCUACACUGACCUUGAAGAUGUCGUGGAGGGCAGCAGAUACCUCAGUGAUACUGACUUCCUUACGUGUGAAUGGACGCAUCGUACAACAAUGCGUGAGUACAGUUCCUCUGUAGCAGUGCGUAGUCUGGUUCAUUUCAACUCAAGUAGAAGCAGAUGUAAUCAAGACGGUGGAUCAGGAGGAGGGGGUAGAGGGUGGAAACCUCUUCAUAAACCUGAAUGGUUUGAAGUCUCGAGAAAGUAUCGAGAGAGCUGUACGGCAGCCAAGGGCCUGUUCAUUGGACAUUGCUGGACACCAUUAGAUCUUCAGACUCAACUCUUGCCUUACCUAGCAUUAAUCAAUGUUCCUCUGAAAAAUCCAGGACAAUUCGCUUUCCUCCAAGAUGUCACUAGAUUCUCAGAUCGGAAGCAAAUGAGAAAAUGGCCCAAGAAGCUCGAUGAGAAGGACAUUGAUGAUGCUAGCCUGGAGGAGGAUUUCCCAAGCUCACAAAGUUCAGUGACCUCCUCCCAGAACAGCCGACCCAAGCUGACCUUGAACAGUCAAAACACAGACGCCUUGGAUGAUGCAGCCGUUCAUGAGGAUGAAGACGAUGAAGAAAUUAUCAUUGAAGAUUAUGACGACGAUUUUGUUUGAUUUAGCCAUCCCGGAGUCACUGCUCAAUAGCCUACACACAAUAACUUUCCUACUCACGACACAGAUACCUUGAAUGAUGCAGCCAUUCACUUGGAUGAGGAUGAUGAAGAAAUCACUGCAGAUUAUGAUGAUGAUUGUUAUUUGAUUUUGUCAACUGUUCAAUGCCCUACCCACAUGAUAGUCAUAAAACAGAAGCCUUGGAUGAUGUAGCCAUUCAUGAGGAUGAAUAUGAUGAAGAAUCACCCGUGAAGGUUGUGAUGAUUCUGUUUAAUCUUGUCAUCAAUGGUCUACUCACAGAGUCAGCACCCUUCCCUCGUCCAAUUAGGGUUCAAAUUAUAAUUAUUGAAAACACAUUUCAGUUAAAGGUAUUGUUUAACUUUGUGAGCAGCCGAUUUAAAAAAUUCUCAAACCAAGAUGAAACAUGUGUACAAGUGCAUGUAUUAAAACUAAUAAACCCUGAAAACAACCAUUAUUGAGAAUGAAAAGCUAAAACUACAAGGCAAACCCCGAUUUUGUAAAUAGGCGUCUUAUAGACGCCUAAAUAGUACACAUAAGUGUAUGGGAUGAAAUUAAGAUGGUGUUUUCGGUCACUUUAUAUUUCAAUUUUUGAAGCACUAAAUAAUUAUUUUCGAACACAAUUUUUUCUGGGCUUCAUUUUUGUAACAUCACAGACACAGGUGACAAGUGUGACCUUCUAGCUCAGAUUUUUUUAAAGUCAAACCAAUGUUAACUAAUCACUUUAAGGUGCACCCAAGAUAAUAAAUCUAAGCAAUGUAAAAGUAAAUUAAUUUUGAGAAUUAAAAUGUAAAUGUGCCUUUCUCACUCCGUGUUGGAAGAUUUUGUUAGUGAUAAGAUGUCAGGUGGAAUAUGAAAAUUACAUGAAUAUUGCUGAAAAUGUCAUGUAUAAGGGUAAAUACAUUUAUCUUGAAAUGGUAAUUUUGAGAAAAAUAUCCAUGAUGAAAUGGUUUUUGUUAUACUGGACUCCUCCCCAUAAGCUAAUGGGGAAAUUGAAUGAUGUAAUGUAUCAUUCUCAGAGACUCCUGCUAUAUUCAGUGCUAAAUGUGCUCAUAGGUCCUCAACAAUCUAAGAGAUAUUUGACACACUUGGCUUCUUUAUAAAUACACCUUUUAUAGAUACAAGUUAUUGAUUAUAAUUACCCGGACCCUUGUGCAUUUGGGGUAGUUUUGCCAUUAAUGGCAGCUACCUAAAUAACAUCACUCAAAAGAAAAUUAAAAUCAAUGUUUUCCAUUUAACCCUAUGGCCGGGGCGAGGGCGAUGAAAAUUUGUCAGGGACUCUUUUGCUAUCGUAAACAGCAUGAAAUUUAUGAAUUUGGGUUGAAAACACAAUUUUCAAUGUCUUUGUACACAAAAUUACGUUUUUUAGCAAUUUUGGGUCUGACAUGCACAUGCACUAAUUUCAAAAUGGCGUACCUGGGCGUCACAAAUUAGGUUGUAAAAGAUGCGGGAGACUUGAAGGGAAAAAGUCAUGAAACAUCCUGACAAGAGCUUUUCACAUGCUGAAAAUCUUGCACAAAAAGUUGAUGCCCCCCACGGCCUAGAUAGGGUUGUUAAUGGCAAAGUUACUGUACAUCAAUUGUAAGUUUUAUGUAUUCGGGGCCUGGUAUUACACCAUGUGCAGGGGUAAUCGACACUUUCAAUCUGUCUUCCUUUUCGUAUCAAAACCUUGGGAACUUGAAAAUACAAAUGACAAUCAAACUUAAAUCCAUAAUGUUGCUUCUUGCCUAUUGGAAUGUAGUAGGAAUAGGAAAUUAGAACAAUAAGCAUAUAUGGUAAUUAACAGUCUGCCACUUGAGACUAACUCCUUUCCUCAUCUCUUUCUGGCCAGGCAUUUCCAUGCAAUGGCGAUCCUGAACAUAUUCAAUUUUAAAAGUAAAAAAAUUCAUAGAGUUGUACUGUGGUAUGACUUUAGAAAUACAGUACCUUGGAAGAGCACCAAGAAUGUUACAUUUGAUUUUGUUUUUCUUCCUACAAGCAGAUUUUUCUUUUCCUAUUCUACAGUCUUCUCUAUGAUUAAUGAUGAUGAAGAUCAUUCAAUCUUACUUUGGGGGAAAUGAGGAAGCAUUCAUAUAUUGGCGGUAAUAUAUGUAUUGAUGAAAUAGAUUUCAGACAAAUGAAAUUAGGCAAUUAGAGGGAUGUACAUUUGUGUAUUAUGGUAUUUCUGAGUCGAGUUUUUACAUGUUGGCAGGUUUCCUGGUUUGAAGUGCCUUAGAUUUAUGUAAGCUAAGAAAUGCCUACAUUCUCUUCUAUGCAUAUACAUGUAAGUAUGUUUAAGUUUGUUAAUUUAUCUAUUUAUUGAAAAGAAAUUUUGUUUUGUCUUGUGCUAUUGUGUUAUUCUAUUCGUGGUUUGCAAAACUGCAUGCAUGUAUUCCACACAACUUUCCAAAGCCAAAGGUGAAAGGGGGCAAUCCUUUUAAUGAUCUCUAACUUGCAAUCAUACAUAUAUUAGAAGGGAAAUCAUGUCUGAGAAUGGGAAUGUAUGGUUUUCUUCUUCCGUUCAUUACAGAUGAAACAUUGUGAUCCCAGCAGUAGAUUAUGGUAGCCCUUUUGUAAGGGCCAUCACUCUUGCUUAGUCACACUUGAAUGUUUGUGGAACACCCCUCAAUAUUGUCUAUCUUUAUAUUUUUUUUCACAAGGUACAAUUUGUCUAUACACUUAAUGUAUGCCAGUGAUGUGCCUUCAUGGAGGCUUCAACGAAAGGCUUGGGGUUUAAGAAUAAAGUUCCAUGCAUAUCACAAGAUUUUGGCUAAAAUGAAUGAAUUUGCCAAGUUGCAUCUGGGUUUCUAAGGUUUGUAAUAUUAGGGCAAUUCCAUAAAAUAUGAACGGCCGACCCUCUAUAUGUGGGACCUUCAUAAAAUUUUCUGUCUCUGAUUUCUUGUUCUUUUGACAGCCUGUAGUGUUCUCAAAGGUCCAUGACUUGGUCAAUUUAUGAAGUGUAGUAAAACUUGAGAAAAAUGGGGGUCAGACGUACAAAAUGGUUGAUUUUAUGGAAUUGCCCAUAAGUUUUUUCACAAAGUACAAAGUACUACUUUAUUACACAUACAUGUAUACUGAUGUUAUUAAGUGGUGUCAAGUUCAAACUGCACUCAAUGUGUACACUUCUUUCAAAAAGAAAAUAAAAAGUUAUCAAUAUGAAA